AUGAGCCAAUGGCCUCAAGUUCUGCUUGAAGGCAUUCAUGUGCCUAUCACUAAGGCUCGCGUGGUGAACCGCACACAGAACGUCCACGAAAGCGCCAAAGCGGCCGCUUCCUUCGGCGACUGGCAAAGUCUGGUGGACACAGCAGGCUUGCCAAUCAAAGGAAGUUCUUUGGUCGUGAGUCUUUCUGUAGGGCUUCCAAUGGAGGAGGUGGUGUCUGAAGCAACCGUACUCAGGGCCUUGGAGAGUGAAGAUGCAACGACCUUUGACUUUGAGUCCUUCCGGGAACGAUUUUCGAAGUCGUUGGGACGUCCUGUCCUUCGACGAGAUGCUGAGAUCAUCUUCAAGGUCCUGCAGGAGAGCAGGCCUGACACGACGCUGCGAGCACAGCUGAGAUCUGCCAAAGCUGCAGAUGCUUCAGGUGACGGCAUUUUGAUCCUCACUGCUUACUCUGGGAACUAUGCUCCUGGUGCUGUGUGUGAAGCAGCAAAUCGCGCGUAUGCUGAGAGACAUGGCUACGAUUUUCAGUGCGAUGUCCUGCCUGGCCAUGAGAUGUUGGAUGCCAUUGCUCCCCGUGAUGCACACACUUGGUACAAGGUGCUGAUGCUUCGUCGAGCCCUUGCCGGAAAGCAUGGUAUCGUUGUGUGGAUCGAUGCAGAUGCUCUGGUCGUAGACGAAGAGAAGCCAUUGGAAUUCUUCCUUUGCCAGGCGGAAGGCCGAGACCUGAUGAUCCAAGAGGAUCUCUCCGCAGAGUGUCGCUUGAACUGUGGCGUGAUGAUCUUUCGCAGGACAUUUUGGUGCCAGACCCUUUUGAGACUGCUUUGGGAGGGAAAUCUUUCGCGACGGCAUCAUUGCAAGGCUUACUAUGAACAGUCCGCGUUGGUGCGUCUUUUGGUGGAGGCAGGCGAGCUUGAGCCAAGGCCACAGGGACCACAGGGACGGUUGCAACACGCCGCCGACCCCGUGGACCCCGUGUCCCGGCUCUGCAUUUUCCCCCUACGCAGCCUGCAAACGAAUCGACUUCGGGAGGUACAAUUCGAUGGUCCGGAGAAGACGUUUAUUUUCCAUCCGCUCUUUGCCUCGGAGAACUUUGCCGAGGACAAGGCCGAAGCUUUGCAGCGUGUGAAAGCUACGGCAGACGAGAGAGGAAAAUCACUGGCUGGCUGA